AUGAAAGACGCCCGUGAGUUGUUCCCGUGGAAGGACGACCAGAGAAUACUGGCAGGAUCACUGUGGUUUGCUUUGGACGACGGCGAUCGAGGGGUGCAGAUGGCGGCAUUGCUGGACUCGCUGAGUUCAUUCAUACUGACAGGGACCCGCGGCUUAAUCUAUAGCAGCGGUCUGAUACAUUUUCUUGCUGUGUUAGGCAUAGACCCCGAGAUGAGACGGUUCCGGACUGCGAAGAAUUACUCAUAUAUGCUAGCAGGUGUGGUGUACUGCACACGAGUGCUUGGGGCAGCCAAACUACUUCCCGCAGUACAAAACAGCAGCGAGACUGACGACAACUACGAGAACUUUUUAGAGAUGCGCCGCAAGUAUCUCGCCGAUGGGUCGCUUAGUCCAAUGAGCGAGAUGAUUAAUCUGUUGGCGUACGGCAAGCACAUUGCACAUAAUCAAGGCAACACAGGCAACGCAUACUGGUCAGAGGACAAGAAGAUCUUUUAUCUCAACGGGCAGCCGAUAUCUAUC